AGUUUCCGGCACAGCUCACUUCUGCUGAGCACAGGAAGAGCAAAGCAGCAGCAGCAGCACCCUCUUGCAUCAUCCCUCUGUGCCAGUCAGGAGGGGAUAUGUCGGACCCUGAGGAGUGCCAGGAUGGUGCAGGAGGCACAGAUCAAGCUGGAGAUGAAUCCUACCAGGAGAGCGAGAGGCUGACGGCACAGUGGAGCGUGGAGGAUGAGGAAGAAGCAGCGCGAGAGAGAAGGAGGCGGGAGCGCGAGAAACAGCUGAGGUCCCAGGCAGAGGAAGGCUUCAAUGGCACUGGCUCCUGCAUGGAGAGUGCAGGCUCAGCACAGGAGAACCACUAUGACUUCAAGCCCUCUGGGACCUCAGAACUGGAAGAGGAUGAGGGAUUCAGCGACUGGUCCCAGAAGCUGGAGCAGCGCAAGCAGAGGUCUCCACAACAGUCGUAUGAAGAAGAGGACAGCAGCGUGAGGGAAGCAGAGGUCAAACUGGAGCAGAUUCAGCUGGACCGGGAGGGCCUGGAGGAGGUCCAGGAGGAGAAUGUGGUUGUUAGGGAGGAAGAGAGGCUGUGUCAGGAGGAAGAACAUGUCCCAGAGCAGCAGGAGGAGGAGAGAGUCAAACAGGAGGAGAAGAAGAGAAGGAGAAAUGAAGAAGAAGAAACCCCAGAAAAACGCCCGAAGGCCCCAAGCCCCGCCAGCCUGGAUGAGGAGGAGCUGUUCACAGACCACACUGCAGUGUGCUCCACCAAGAUCACGGACAGAACUGAGUCUCUGAAUCGCUCAAUAAAGAAAAGUAACAGCAUAAAGAAGUCCCAGCCUCCCCUUCCUGUGUCAAAGAUAGAUGACAGACUGGAGCAAUACACACAAGCCAUUGAGACAUCGACAAAGGCUCCAAAGCCUGUCCGACAGCCCUCUCUUGACCUUCCAACCACCAGCAUGAUGGUAGCCAGCACAAAAAGUCUGUGGGAGACUGGAGAGGUUGCUGCCCAAUCUGCAGUGAAGACCCCAGCCUGCAAGGAUAUUGUGGCUGGAGACAUCGUGAGUAAAAGAAGCCUUUGGGAACAGAAGGGCAAUCCCAAACCCGAGACUAAUAUCAAGGCCACUCCUUCUGGCAAGAAGUACAAGUUUGUUGCAACGGGCCAUGGCCAGUACAAGAAGGUGUUGAUAGAUGAUGCUGCGGAGCAAUAGUGUGCCUGGAGAACCCAUUAACCACAUAGCUCAUCUUGGUCCUGUCUCGAUGCAAUCCUCAAUGCCACGACUUCCUCGCUUCCAUAGAAGAGGAAGUCUUCUCCUGCCUGACAUCAGUUUACUUUGGUACAGCCUGACUCAUCUCGGGGUGAGCACACCCGGCGCUGCCUCCAAGCUGGCUGCAAGGGAUGGAUCAGCUGGCCAAACCAGUCCCUCUUUUAACCUUCUACAUGACUCUUUGGCUAUUUUUUUUCUUUUAAUUAAACCUGGAUCUGCCAUGGAGAGGGAGGCUGUGGCUCCCCUCCCUCCCUUCUUUUCCAAGUGCUGGAAGAGAAGGACCUGCUGUCCUGCCCAGCUGGCAGAGCCUCUGCUGCAUCAUGGAGAGCUUCUGGCUCUGGGCAGCUGGAGAGGGGGAGCUCAUGAGAACCCCAGUGGAGGAAUCGGUGUUGGAAAGGAGGGUGAUGGGCAGACUCUGGGCUGCCCUCCUGGUGCCAGCUGUGCAUGAAGAUGUUGCACUGCAACAUCUGCUUCAAGGGACCUCCAUCUCUGUGUGCACAUCAAACUGUGUUUAAUUUAGUCCCGUUUAUUUAGUUCCCGUAUCAUCCUUUAAUGACAACUAAGUAGCCAUGCCAUAAUGUUCCUGCCACUUCUCCAUGUUGACAGUGGCAGCAGCUUUGUUUCAAAAAGCUGCUGCUUUCCCCUUCACUGCCUGCUGUGGGGGUGAGCACUCCUUCUCCAGGUGAGGAGCUCUUCUUGAAGUUUUUUUCCUAUUCCCUUCUCACAAAAGGCUCUCAACGUAAUUCUGCAAAUUGCUUUUGCUUCAAUUUACAAUGUGUUCUGGAUUUAAUUUUUUUGUAAGCAUUUAAUAAAAUUUGAGGAAGAUGUUGUAACAAUGGCA